AUGCUGGGCGCACAGCGCUUGCCCGCGCGGGACCCGCAGGGCAGGGACCUGAACGUGGCCCGCCUGCCUGGGAGCUGCGUGUUGGCGAACCCGACGUACGACCUCGGCGCCUCCUCGGCCCUGAAGAGGACCAACAACCUCAGCAGGAUGCUGGGGGGCGGCGUCUACCACGCGGGUGUCGAGGUCUACGGCACGGAGUGGUCCUACGGCUACAUCGAGUGGGGCACGGGUGUGCACAAGUGCGCACCCCGCACUGCCGAUGGUCAUACUUACAGGGCUACGCAGAAGAUGGGAUACACGAGGCUAACGCAGGAGUCCGUGGGCAAGGUGCUUGAGAGGAUGAAGGGCGAGUGGCCUGGGAAAGACUAUCAGUUCUUGGAGCACAAUUGCUUGAGCUUCUGCAGCGCGUUCCUGCAGGCCCUCGGCCUGGGGCCCCUGCCGCCAUGGGUGGACCGCUACGGGCGCACCGCCUGCAAGGUGACCAGCGCGAUCCCGGUCAGCGGCCUGGUCAAGGCGGCAAAUCUCGUCAGAGUGGCUACUGGUGGAGCCCAAGACGAUCAUCAUCAGGAGGUGCACCACUCCCCGCGGUACACGCCGAGUCUCGGGCGCCAAGCCUCGGGGCCGCUGCACUCGCCGCGGGGCACGCCGUCCCUGCUGCGCUCGGGGAAGAGGCUGGACGCGGACGCGGCGAUCCACCCGUGGGCUCCCGCACAGGCUCCGUCGCCCCCGGCCAGCUCCAGGGGUCGAUCCAAGCGGGCCAACGGCCAG